AUGUCCCAAUCUACGAGUCAUGUCCUCCACCACAUCCACAACUACAUUCCGCGCAGCGACUCAACAACAUCAUCAUCAGACCUCACCGUCCAGGCGAAAGUAGGUCUAGCUUUCGGCAUACUAGGAGCAAUCCUCCUCACCAUAAUCCUCACCACCCUGAUCGUCCUCCGAAUCCAGCACGGACCCGUCAUUACUCUCCGAACCCUCUUCUCCCGCAACCCGAUCCCAAACAUACAGAGACAAUCAUUAUCAAUAGAUAUCUCCCCAUCGGACGAGGAAUCUCAGCCGCCGCCGGCAUACACACAUCCACACCCACACCAAUUACCAGAGACAGGAUCGAAGGGGAAUGCAGAUAUUCCACCGCCACAACAAGCACAUAUCCCCCCCUCGCUGCGCAAGGAACUUAAUCUGCAUGUUGAUACAUCGCAUUCACCUACCACCACUACCACUACUACUGCUAUCGCGACGACGAAGCCGAAACCUACACCGCUGAGAACAAUGUCCGAUACGGAGAUACUAAGAUCAUCAACAUCAACGUCAUGUGAGAAAGAUAGAGAGGCGCGCUCGACGCUAAAGGUCCAGAUCCACCACCACCAUCACCACCAUAAUCAUCCAUAUUAUAGUCGGCUGAGGGUGGGGAGUCCGAGGUCGCCUGUAAGCACUGGUGGUGCUGCUGGGAUUAAAUCAGACAGGUUAUGUCCGCCGGAUGAGUAUGCAGUGCCGCCGGAUAGUCCUGAUGUGAUUGUGUUGCCGUCGCCGAGGGAGUUGCAGAAGUUUAGGAUUAAUGUUUAUCGAUGA